GAGCUACUCACGCCUGAUGUUUUGUUUUAUUCACCAAACCAGUUGCGUCAGUUUUUCAGCGUACCGCGGUGGUGUGAGCUGUGAGCCGGCGUGACGCUGUGCCUGCCUGGGUAUCGGGCAGCGGAGGGAGGCUUAAAGAGACAACAGCAAAAUCAUAGCAACUUGAGAGGCUAGAGAAACGAAAUGAGAAGGAUACCCACACACGAAGAACCAUGACUUCGAAUGCCUUCUGGUAGCUGACAUUUAAAGAUACCCAGCCAUCAUCAGACCCAUCAGUUACCGGUCUUUCCUCCAGCUGUUUUCUCUGCGUCUGGGUUGCCUUGUCUGCUGUGGCCCUGCAUCAUGGAGAGCGUCCACUGUGUCACUGAAGGCUGACCAGAAGGAAUGAGGCACUCUAGGAGAUGUUCCCAAGUGUCCUUGUGGAUGCAGUAGCUGGGUUUCGGAGUGCUUUUUUAUGACUAGAAUUGUAUGUGCAUCUGUGGGCACAUCCUAGGACAACCUGCCUAUUCUUCAGGCAGGGACAUGCUACUCUGAGACUGGAGCUGGAGAAACACACAGGGAAGGAACCCCUCUGCUAAACAAGGAACCCAAAGAAAAAAGGGAAGCACUCAGCAGAAGACCUGACUGAUAGACACUUCAGCUCAUUGAAGUGUCCUCUGAAUCAUUGCAAAUUUUAACAGCAACACCUUUCCUGUGUCCUGUGAGAGUUUGUCUCCCUCCCCCUCCCUAAAGCGUCCUCUGUCGUUGUUAUUGGAGUUUCUAUGGUUUGCAUGGCUGGAGAAUAACCGUGGAGAGGCCAGGGUAUCACAAGCUUAUGGAUUUUGAAAAGAGAGGGGGCAAGGGAGAGACAGAGGAAGGGAAAAAGAUGUCUAAGACAACAGGCAGCAGGACUGGACAUGGGGGCCGAAGUUCAGGGACCAAUUCUGGAGUUCUUAUGGUUGGCCCGAACUUCCGUGUGGGUAAAAAAAUCGGCUGCGGGAACUUUGGAGAGCUGCGGUUGGGAAAAAAUCUCUAUACUAACGAAUAUGUCGCCAUCAAAUUGGAACCUAUAAAGUCCAGGGCGCCACAGCUCCACUUGGAGUAUAGAUUUUACAAACAGUUGGGAAAUUCAGAGGGAAUCCCUCAGGUGUACUACUUUGGUCCUUGCGGGAAAUACAACGCCAUGGUGCUGGAGCUGCUCGGGCCCAGUCUAGAGGACCUGUUCGACCUCUGUGACCGAACCUUCUCCCUCAAGACCGUCCUCAUGAUAGCCAUACAGCUGAUUACGCGGAUGGAGUACGUCCACACCAAGAGUCUGAUAUACAGAGACGUGAAGCCAGAGAACUUCCUGGUUGGGCGGCCUGGAAGCAAGAGGCAACACACCAUCCACAUCAUCGACUUUGGUCUGGCCAAAGAGUACAUAGACCCCGAGACCAAAAAACACAUCCCCUACCGGGAGCACAAGAGUCUGACUGGGACGGCGCGCUACAUGAGCAUCAACACACACUUGGGAAAAG